AUGCCCUCCCCUCCUCAGCCCGCGACGGCGGAGAGCGGGUCCAUCACUCAACCGGCCGCGUUGGAUAACACCUACACGUCCGAUAUCAGUCUUCAGCGGUCGUUGCAAUGGUAUCUUCCAUCGAGCACACUACGAUCUACCGAGUCUCACUUCACCCAACUCGGUGCCGAAGCUGUCUCUGACCAGGUGCGUGAGUGGACUGCCGAUGCCGAACGCAACCAGCCCUACGUCAAAAGUCACAACGUCUGGGGUAAACGAUACGACUAUGACCGACUUGUGACAACUGAGGGCUGGAAGCAGCUGGGCCAUUGGGGCGCUCGCAAUAAAAUAGUGUCCGCCGGUUACAAUCCCGCCUUUGGACUUGAGAGACGUACCGUACAAUAUGCGCUGAACUAUCUAUAUGCCCCCUCGUCGGGUCUUUAUUCCUGCCCGAUCAGUAUGACCGACGGUGCUGCUUUUAUUCUUGCACCUAGACUGAAAGAAUUGCCCGCAAACCACCCAUUUCACACGGUAUUCAAAGGGCUCACCUCGGAAACAAAUGACCAUUGGACAUCAGGUCAGUGGAUGACCGAACGAGCUGGAGGAAGCGAUGUUCAGAAUACCGAGACCUGGGCGACGCAUUCGCCACUCGCAACGUCUGCGGGCGUGGAUGCAUUGGGAGAGGGAGAAUACCUGAUCAAUGGAUUCAAGUUCUUCUCCUCCGCCACUGAUGCCAAUGUCGCACUUCUCUUGGCCAAGACCCCAUCAGGAAAACUGAGUACAUUCCUCGCCCCGCUGCGCCGAACAGUGAUCGGAGAGGAUGGCGUUUCUCGUCAGGUGUCAAACGGCGUGAGAAUCCAUCGACUGAAGAAUAAGCUUGGCACGAAAGAGCUGCCAACCGCCGAGCUAGAGUUGAAGGAUAUGAGGGCCCAUCUUGUCGGCGAAGUCGAUCAGGGUAUCAUCACCAUCGCACCUCUUCUCAACGUGACUCGCAUUCACACAUUCGUCGGCUCUCUAUCCGGCUGGCGCCGCGCGCUAAGCAUCACGAAAAGCUUCGCAAAGGCCCGAUCGACCGUUGGAGAGCCUCUGUGGCUAAUCCCUAUGCAUCUGCGACUCCUGGCUGACUUGGAAGUCAAGCACCGCGGUGGUAUGAACCUCGCCUUUUUCACCGUUGCUGUGAUGGGUCUGGUGGAAAAUAAGGUCUCUCGGCCUUCAGAGCUAGCACACUUACCCCGCCCAGGUAAAGAAGCAAAUGUCGUAUUUCGCACCCUAACCGCCACGGCAAAGGCUGUCGUGAGCAAGAUGUCCGUUCUGGGCAUCCAGGAAUGCCAGGAAGCUAUGGGUGGUGUGGGUUAUAUGGACGAGGCAGACGAGCCCGAGUUCAAUAUCUCGCGCAUUCUCCGAAAUACCGCAGUCAACUCGAUCUGGGAAGGAACUACAAAUGUCCUAGCGAGUGAAAUGGUCCGCUUCCUCAUCAAGGGAAACAAUCUAGAGAUAUUCGCUGCUUGGCUUGAUCGAAUCUUGGGGUCGAUUCGUGCAGAGAGCAUCCGGCCUACUUUGAUCAGUGCGUGGUCAGCGCUGCAGAAAAGGUUUUCUCCGAAGAGCCGUUCGCCUGCGGCUGUUCUGGCUGAUGCACGACGCUACAUGUUCACUCUUGCUUGGAUUAUGUGCGGUGCACUCCUGGCUCUAGAUGCGGAGCGCGAUAAUGAUACCGUCACUACGGAAAUUGCCCGACGCUGGGUUUUGGACGCAGAAGGUGGUGUUGGGGACAAUGUUUUCCAUGACAUUGUCACGGUCCAGGACGGUCGUAGCAGCGAUUUGGAUGGCGAGAAGCAUCUCCAGUGGGACUGCAGAAUUGCAUGGGGUGUUGAAUUACCGGCUCAACGGGCUUCGGGUCAUCGCUCUUUGCAGACUGCCAGCUCGAAAUUGUAA